AUGGUGCUUUCUUGGUUGCACCAUUCCAUCUCGCCCUCGAUCAUGAACAGUGUUCUUUGGCUCGAUUUUGCUUAUGAUGUUUGGCGCGAUCUCCGUGAAUGUUUUUCUCAAGGAGAUGUUUUCCGCAUUUCUGCUCUUCAAGAAGAGAUCAAUGCUUUCAAGCAAGAUGAUCGCUCCGUCACUGAUUACUUUACUGAGUUAAAAAUUCUCUGGGAUAAGUUGAUGAAUUUUCGACCAAUUCCAGUUUGUUCUUGUUCACCAUCUUGCUUUUGCGGUGUUUUUGUCACUCUCCAGAAAUAUCAUGAUAACGACUACGUUAUUUGUUUUCUUAAGGGUCUUCAUGAUCGGUUUGCUGCUGUUCGUUCUCAAAUCAUGCUCAUUGAUCCGUUGCCUCCAAUCAACAAAGCAUUUUCCCUGGCUCUUCCUUCUUUGAAGAUGAUUGGUACAACUAGAGUGCUCCAUGGUCUUUAUAUUUUGGACUCCCCAACUCAAACAUUUUCCAUUUCUACUCCCAUUGCCUUGUCCGCCAACACAACUUCAUGUUCCCUUUGGCAUCAUCGUCUCAGUCAUCUUUCCGAUUCUUGA